AUGGACAUGUUCGCGGUGGCGUUGACGGAUGAGCUCUUCUUGUUUCAAUUCCCCCACCUGAGGGACCUCCAGCGUGUCGUUGACGAUGGACCGUGGUCCUUCGAAAACAAUCUUCUGAUCUGUGAACAGGUACCGGUGGGCAUGCGACCGGAAGAUGUGCAAUUAGACUCUGUCCCCUUUUGGAUUCAGGUUCAUGGAUUGCCGGCCAUGUACGCUUCUACGGAAUUCGUAACCAAGAUCGGGAAUUACAUCGGGACCUUCAUUGCAGCGGAUCCUUUCAACUUUGGAGGGUCCUGGAAGAGCUAUUAUCGGAUCAGAGUGCGGAUGAACGUGGCGGCACCCCUCCAGCGGCGCAUGAAACUGAAAUGUCGUGAUGGUUCACUCCAAUGGAUAACCUUCAAAUAUGAACGUUUGAGCACCUUCUGCUAUUGUUGUGGGAUGAUCGGCCAUUCAGACAAAUUUUGCCGGACAGUGUACGAUGAAGGUAUUCUUCCCGACGCAUUCCCUUAUGGGCCAUGGAUGCGAGCUCGACCCAAGCGUCAGGUAAAGCCAGUGGGGGCGCGAUGGUUGCUAUCCAAUUCCGGUACAUGGGUGAGGAGUUCGGCCCUGCCACCGCCGGGUCCUCCGCCGUCCGUUUUGGAGGAAAUGGAAGCACUGGGUGAGAUACAGGGUGAUCUAAAAAGGCGCAGGGAAGAUGUGGAUGCGGAUCCUGUAGGAACAGAUAUCACGAUGGUGGAAACUUCAAAAAACGUUGGGGCGGCGGGUCUGGCAGACCAGGCUCGCCUAGACAGAUGA